CAAUUCUAAGUAUUUUUUGCCUAGAACCUGUCCGUUGACUCAUUCCUUUCCUUUCUUUUUAAACAGGGUCUCUUUCUCUUGAACGGUCAAUUCAUUCAUUCUUCUGUUCUUGCUCAAUUGCUUGUCUCUUCUCAACCCUAUCUUUCUUCUAUAUCCGUCACAAUGGCUCAGCAGAACGGUGUCCCCGACUUCACGGUCAAGGCUGGUUUGGCCCAGAUGUUGAAGGGUGGUGUUAUUAUGGACGUUGUCAACGCGGAGCAGGCCCGCAUUGCUGAAGAGGCCGGUGCCGCCGCCGUCAUGGCCCUCGAACGAGUCCCCGCCGACAUCAGAAAAGACGGUGGUGUGGCGCGCAUGUCCGACCCCGGCAUGAUCAAGGAGAUCAUGGAAGCCGUGACCAUCCCCGUUAUGGCCAAGGCCCGCAUCGGCCACUUCGUCGAGUGCCAAAUCCUCGAAGCCGUCGGCGUCGAUUACAUCGAUGAGUCCGAAGUUCUCACCCCCGCCGACGACGUCCACCACGUCACCAAGCACAACUACAAGGUCCCCUUCGUCUGUGGCUGCCGCAACCUCGGUGAGGCCCUGCGCCGGAUCUCCGAAGGCGCCGCUAUGAUCCGCACCAAGGGUGAGGCUGGUACUGGAGAUGUUGUGGAGGCCGUUAAGCACAUGCGCACCGUUAACUCGGAUGUUGCGCGUGCGCGUGCAAUUCUGCAGAGCUCGCCCAACGCUGAACCUGAGUUGCGUCUGUACGCGCGUGAGCUGGGCUGCUCGUACGAGCUGCUCCGCGAAACUGCUGAGAAGGGCCGUCUUCCUGUUGUCAAUUUUGCUGCCGGUGGCGUUGCUACUCCCGCCGAUGCGGCGCUGAUGAUGCAGAUGGGUUGUGACGGUGUGUUUGUUGGAUCUGGUAUUUUCAAGUCUGGCGACCCGAAGAAGCGCGCGAAGGCGAUUGUGCAGGCUGUGACUCACUUCAAGGACCCCAAGGUUCUUGCGGAAGUCAGCCAGGGCCUGGGCGAAGCUAUUGUUGGUAUUAACGUGUCGCAUAUGGCCGAGGGUGACAAGUUGGCCAAGCGCGGGUGGUAGACUUGAGUGUGUUUUGUUAAGGCGUUUGGAAGUUUAUUUGUACAGCAUAUUGCCUACAUUUCUGUUGUUGAUAUGUAUUUGAGCCACUGAAAAGUGAUUGUCAUUUACGAGCCAUGAUAAUUCCUGGUACACUACAUCAAGGUACAUUGAGCCGUUCAAAACAUAAAAGUCACACCUCUUAGUUCACCGGUCCACGAAAUUUAUCCGGGCUACAACAUGCUCAGGCCUCCAGACAACCUUCACCAGGAUCAAUUAUCUCCGACAAUAUCCCGUUCAUGAAAUAGAACCAACCCAAUCAAUUUCCCGAGAUCUGCUACAGAAACCCCUGCGAGUGUAUAUAUAAAAUUACAGCUAUACACGCAAUAACCGUCUAGAAAAUACAUCCGGC